AUGCAUCUACCGCAGCAACCCGUUUACGCCAUUGUCCCUCGAGAAGGACCGUCGAUUGAAAGCGAUCGACUCAUUAUUCGACCUGUACAAGACUCUGACGCCCAAGCUCUUUUUGCCGUUCGUUCACUUCCAGAAGUCGCAAAGAUGAACUGGCCCAAAGAGCCCUUCAAGUCAAUCGAAGAAACUCGCGCAUGGAUGGCCACCAAAAUCUUCACAGAGGGCCCUGCUGAUGUCCUUGGUUGCUCAUUCAACUACGCCAUUGUGGACAAGUCAGGCACAGGCCCACAGCGAGUGGUUGGAUCAUUAAGUAUCAACCAAGUGCACCCUUAUCCCGAAAUUGGGUACGCGGUUCACCCCGAUUCGUGGGGAAAGGGCGUAGCAACAGAGGCCUUGCAGUUGAUGCUGAAAAUGUGGUGGGACCUACCACGUCGCAAUCUGGAUGAAAGUGAUGUUCAAUCAACUGGCGUGGAGAAAGCUUUCGCGCUUUGCGAGAAAGUAAACGGUGGAAGCUGUCGAGUGCUUGAAAAGUGUGGCUUCAAGAUCAUUGGUGAAUAUCGCUAUGAUGUGGAUGAGCUUUUUGUCUUCGCGCUGGAAAAGCCAUAG